AUGGCUUCAGAGAAACACCAGCAGAAUGGUGUUCUAAUCGGUGAGGAUACCAGUAGUACUCCACCUGCAGCCACCGAUCCGGAGCCUCGCUCACCCGCUUUGGAUAUCGUAGAGCCGACGGACAAGGAUUCUCAUAGCCCAUUACUCCCAGGCACGCAAGGUACGCAGGAGCGGGGACCCAUAUCUCCACUAGAAACUCGGGAUAAAAGAGAUCUUGUCUCCCUCUCUGACUCUAAAAAUUCUGAAGCUUCCAAUACGGUUGACGUCGGCACCCUGCCUGGCCCACGACUUACCCCUCAACAAGGUACGCGAGACAAUACAUCUUCUCCAAAUAUUGCACGGGAGCGAAACGGGGGAGAUGGACAAAAGGCCCGGCCCCAAGAGAUGUCGCAUCAACAGGCGGAGGAAAAAGCUACAGACAAAAAUCACGUUGAAAAAUCAUUUUCUGACACAGAUGAAGGUCCCACUCUCCUGAAGAAAGACAACGGAGCUCACACGGAUAAUGAUGCGGCUGAGCUCUCAGAAGGUACGAAAACCCAGGAGCCAGAGGAAGUCAAGAUAAAUUAUCCAGCCUCUGACGAACAAAAAGAUGGUGCCGGUGAACGACCUGUCCGUCAGAAACUCAAGGAAACCUCCAUUGCCGGUGUGCCUCGCCCGAAUUCCCCAGAGGACCACGCUAUGGCGUCACAGGGAACCCCUGUGGCCAGAGCAGAUAGUGUGAGUGAUACAAGUAGCGUGGAAGGGCGGGGGAGACUCCGGAGGAAACGAUCAUUGGGAGAUAUGAAUGAGGAUGAAGAGCAUGACGAGGCGGCGGGCGGAAAAAACACAGACGAGACUGGCCAUCGACGGAAGCGGUCAAGGGAUUCUAAAACGGACGAUGAGAGCAGCGACAACCAAGGGCGCUCUAAGAGUAAGUCGACGACAGAGGAUAAACAUGGCAUGACAGAUGAUAUGGAUGCUAAGGAUGUCACUAAUAAAGGUGGAAUACGUACCCCAACGGAAGAGCUCAAGAGCACGGAGAGUGAUACUGCCAAUCGCAUUCUCAGCCCCAAGAAGAAGCGUAGCAGAGAUCAAUUCGACAAGGACCAUCUGAAGCCAGAUAGUAUGGGCGAAAAGGCUGAGGAAGGGACAGAAAAUGCCAAAUUUAGAGAGCCCUUUGAUAAAUCCAAGGCCAUGUCAGCCAAUCGCAGAGUAGAAGGCGAGCCGGAGAAGAAGCGACACCGUGACGAUUCCCAAGAUAGGAGCUCUCAGGUAGACUCCGAUCUAGUUUCUAAAAAGGCCUCCUCGCUGAAUCCGUUUUCCAACACUUUGAGCGUGUCCGCUUUCGCUUCUAUGGCAUCGAAAACCCCCCAACUAACAUCAAAGGACAAAAUGGAAAAGAAGGAACAACCCAUGACCUCCGCAUCUGCUUUCGCCUCAUCAAAAUUAGCAUCUUUUGCCAGUUCAGAGAAGUCACCGUUUAGCAGCCUUGGGGCUGCAAAUUCCUCAGCACUGAAAUCUGCACCUCCCGCUGAAACCACGCGAGGCAAGGAACACCCAUCAACCUCCUCUUCGGCUUUUGCAGCGUCGCCCUUUGCAGCCGCCGCUGCGUCAUCCCCGUUCGGUGCUCUGAGCGGUGGUAAAUCCGGGUUUGGUCGGAGUGGGUUUGCCACUGGCUUUGCUGCCGCUGCACCAAAGCUGGGUGGGGGAUUAGCCGCUUUUUCAACUCCUACAGGUAGCUCUUCGGUUUUGGGAAAUUCCUCAAAGUCGAAAACUUUGGGGGCUGCUGGCUCUGCGCAUGAGGAUGGUAAUAAAGUAGAAAAAGGGAAAGGUGAGGACGACGAUAAAUCUACCUUUGAAGGUUUGGAGGAGGAGAAGGGGGAUGAGAGAUUCCAUGAACAGCAGACUGAAACGGGUGAAGAGGGCGAAAAUACAAUUUUUUCAUGCCGCGGCAAGCUAUACCAUUUCAACGGGAAGGAAUGGAAGGAGCGCGGCGUUGGUGUUUUCAAAGUCAACAUCAGGGAACCGGUUAAUGAUGGUAACAAUACGGAUGGAUCUGAGGAAGAGCCGCAGCCCGGUGACAACAAAACAGAUGAAGAACAUGAAAAGGAAGAGAAGCACAAGGCCAACGAAGACGAGGGUGUAGAACCGAAGAAAAAAACAGCGCGGGUGAUCAUGCGGGCCGAUGGGGUGUGGCGGGUAAUCCUCAAUAUCCCUGUUUUCAAAGGCAUGAAAGCUGGCGAUCCGUCCGGUGGCCCUCCGAAGGGGAAACAAGUGCAUUUUGCGGGAUUCGAGGAUGGCAAAUCUGUCCCUUUCCUCUUUAGGACCGGAAAUGACGACAUCGCCAAGCAACUCUAUACUACUCUCCAUACCCUCCAAGCGAGUCUAUGA